CUGCUUUGUAACAAUUGUUACCUAUGCUUUGUUUGAUCUGUGCUUUUGAUUUCAGUUUUUAUGACUUAAUGCGCCUGAAUGGAGGCAAAAGCCAAAAACAGAGAGAGAGAGAGUUCAUUUUUUGCAACGUCUAUCACUCGUACCCCUAGCUAGUUAGUUAGUCCUAUUUUAAUUAUCUUUGUCCCCUAGUCAGAACUAGUUGAAGUGAAUAGUUAUAUUCAGAAAUGCCUGAAAAUAUUAGAAUUCCAGUUUUUGUAUUUCCUACUGAGUUGAAAUUUUAUUUACCUUCCAAGUCGUCCCACAAACAAGUGCUUAGUAUAUAUAACCCCUAUGAUUUUAAAAUUAAAUACAAAGUUUUGAGCACAGCUUCAAGAAAGUAUUCAGUAAUAAAACCAGAAGGUAAUAUUGGACCUCAAAUGUUAGUAGAUGUAGUGGUGAGGCAUAAUUUUCCAACAGAGGAGAACGCAAACAUUACAGAUAAAUUUAGAGUAGUAAUAGAAGAUCAUUCUACUAAAAAAGUUGUUGGUAAUCGUGAUAUCAAAGCAACAUUGAUGUUGAAAGAAGAAGAGGAAGAAGAAGACACUGCGGAGGGCGACUCCAAGAGUUUACCAGGUACUUACAAGGAAAUUAUGACAAGGAAAACAAUAGAAAAGGAGAUAUCAACAAAGAGCUCACCUUCAGAAACAAAUGUUGUGAGGUACACAAUAAUUGUAGCUGUUGGAAUUACGUGCUUGGGAAUUUUGAUUCUACCUACCCAAGCAGAAGUAUCCCAAUCAUCUAAAAUACCGGAUUACCUCCACAUCAGCAAUAAUUUAAAAUAUGUUGCAGCAUAUAUAUUAGGAUUAGUUACGCUCCCUAUACUUGUACCUCGACUAUUCUGAAGUGGAAGAACAUUUGACAGAAUGAGUUCAAUCAAAAUCACUUUUGACAUCAAAAAUUUUCUCAUCGUCCAACCUCCUAAGCUCUCAACCAGUUAUGUUUGGGAAAAGUGAUUUCCUUUGGACUCAAACAAUGCUAUUUUGUGAUAUUUUUUAGUAUAUUUGUGAUGUGUUCAUGUAAAAGCAGAUUCAUUUUCGAGACUCUUGUCAUACAAGGUGGCUGAUAUAGGUAUUACUAUUUCUUAUAUGAAAUAUAUUUUUUAAUGAU